ACCACGAGCAAGCCCAUGAUCUACAACUCAGUGAUAUGCGCAAUAUUCAGUGUAUUAGCGGUCUUCGAACAAAGUGGUUCGUUUUCACGUCGCCACGCUUCUUCUGGACUUCCAUGACUUUAAACUAUUUUUGUGUCAGUCUUGGAAGGGCGUGUAGUUGUCUAGCUCAGUCCAGUAGCGAGCUAGUAAAGGGAGUGCCCUGAAGAAGAUAGGCCAAGUUCAGGUAUGGGUGGUGUCAUGGAGGAGGAGGUGGUGCGGGGGUGCCUGAGGAGGUUCCUAGAGGAUUUCCCUGCUCCGCUGGGUCCUGAAGACCCCCUGCCUCUCAACCCCCUCAGCAGGAAGGUCACCCUGGACGAACUAAGAGGAGAGAGCCUGGAUCUGGGCUUACGCCUACUCAACACCAGAGACGCUCCUUCAACACUGAAUGCAGCCAUGUGCCACACAGCCUUGGCUGAGCUGCUGAAGGCUGACCUUUCACCUUUCCACCUCCCCCAGGAAACCGAACAGCAGCAAGGAGAGGAACAGGAAGUUGUUUUGCUCCAAUCGGAGCCCGUCCAGCGGCUGUUUCUCAAUAAGCUUCGAGAGGUGGGUGUGGCUUGGCAUCAGAAUCUCCCCUCCCCUCUCCCAAUAGGACCCUCCCGUUUCCUCAUGUGCUCCGCCCACGCCAUCAGGAACACUCGAAGGAAGAUGGAGGAUCGCCAUGUGACCCUCCCUGACUUCAACACACUCACUGGCCUCAAGGACGGUGUGGAGCGUGGUUACUAUGCUGUGUUUGACGGGCAUGGCGGUGUGGACGCUGCUAUCUAUGCUGCCACCCACCUGCACGUCACUCUCAGCCAGCAGGAGGAGCUGCAGAGCGACCCGGCCACUGCCUUCAAGACAGCCUUCACUCGCACUGAUGACAUGUUGAGAGGGAAAGCCAAGAGAGAGCGUCUUCGCAGCGGCAGUACAGGCGUGGCGGUGCUGCUGCAAGGGGAGUGGCUUCAUGUGGCGUGGCUGGGAGACUCCCAGAGCAUGCUGGUCCGACGGGGACAAGACAUCACUCUGAUGGACCCACACAAGCCUGACAGAGAGGAUGAGAAACAGCGUGUAGAAGGCCUGGGUGGAUGCAUCGUCUUCAUGGGCUGUUGGCGUGUCAAUGGAACCUACGCCGUCUCUAGGGCCAUAGGGGACUUUGACCAGAAGCCCUAUGUCUCUGGCGACGCUGACUGUUCCUCCACACGGCUACACGGAGACGAGGACUACAUCCUCCUGGCCUGCGACGGUUUCUUCGACGUCGUCCGGCCCGCAGAGGUCCCGGCUCUGGUUCUCGGGGCGCUACGGGAGCAGGGGGAACCACAGGGGGCCGUGGAGGGGGCCGGGUGUGAAGAGAUCUCAGAGGGUGUACUAGGGGAGCGAGUGGCCCAGGAGCUAGUAGCUCAUGCCAAGGCAGCGGGCUCUAGUGAUAACAUCACUGUCAUGGUGGUGUUUUUACGUCCUCCUGCACAGCUACUGCUCCAGGACCAGAGCAACAUCGCUGUUGCUACUGAGGGACCAGCCCAGGAGUAGGGUAAAGUUGUCCCUAGGCACUGAUCUGGGGUAAGUUUUGUAUUAAUGGUUUGUAUUAAUGGUUACGGUUAGAAUUCAGGGGAGGGGGGGAUCACCGCUGAUCCUAGAUCUGUACCUAGGGGAAACUUCACCCCGGAGUGCCAGCCCAGGCCUCCAACUCCCAGAACACACAGGGGCAGUGAGACAGGAAGACUGCUGCUGUUACCCACAGUGCACGUGGGCAGGAAUUGGACUGAAUUUAAAAGGCAGUAUUUAUUAUAUAAUGACGUGACGGUGCCAAACUUCUCGGUCACUGCGUGUUGUGGUCAGCCUUUUGAAUCAACGCUGGUGCUGAAACAGAUAUUCAACUGGACUGGAGAAGCUCUGUUCAUAUCAAAACAAGUCUUAGCACAGACUAAUAGUUUCUACUAUGGUUCUGCCAAUGGUCAGAAUCCAGUGUGCUUCAAUAAGGUCCCUCUGGAUUCGUCAGGAGAUGUAAUGCAGAGCUGCCCAACCCUCUUCCUGGAGAUCUACUGUCAUCUAGGUUCAGUCCAACCCUCUUCCUGGAGAUCUACUGUCCUGUGGGUUUUCGGACUCCUCUUCCUGGAGAUCUACUGUCCUGUAGGUUUUCAGUCCAACCCUAAUUUAGCGGUUCUGAUUCAUUCAGCUAGUUAACGUCUUUGUUGAGCAGCUAAUUAGUAUAAUCAGGUGUGUUAAAUUAGGGUUGGACUGACAACCUACAGGACAGUAGAUCUCCAGGAAGAGGGUUGGACUGACAACCCACAGG